GUCAAUGCCUGCCUGUAAUCUUUGUGGAUACCUAGGUCAAGUCAACCCAUCACACAUGCUGACAUAACGCAGCAGCAGGCUUCACACUAACGCGUGGAGGUUAACAUAUCGAUGGCCCAAGUGUAGUAAGAUCUUGCCGAAUCGUUCUACUUCCCAAGUUGUGUUCUCAAUUCAUAGCCCUGCUACAUAUAGACAGCAGGUUACACACGUUCGAUGCUCAGCUCAGUCUCUCCUCCCUCUAAUUCUGUCCUGGUCACUGCUUCCUCGUACGCUUCUUCCUCUCUUGGUUUCCAGCUGCUCCAUUAUGCUAUGUUCCUGCCUUUUGUUUUUUCUGGACUCUUGUAACGAGAUGAAAAUGGCUUUGCUUGUCAUGCUACUCAUUCCUCUCUUAUCUGCUAUACCCUCUCAAGCCCUCCGUGUGAGAGGUCACCGGCUGAAAUCAAAGACUUUCCGUUCUCCGGCGAUCUUAUUGAGCCCUGGAUCAGUCUCCAACAAGUACUACUACGACAUCGACUUCCCCCGAGGCCACAUUGCACUCAAGAGCUUCCGUGCCGAGGUCGUCGAUGAGGAUGGUGUCCCUGUCCCACUCCAUGAGACCUACCUCCACCAUUGGAUCGCCGAACCAUACUAUGCUCUCAAGAACAAUGGUAGCGGCGCCGAUGCGCAAAAGCUCCCGACGAGGAAGAAGGUACUGAAUGAUGGAGUGUGCAAUGUGCUUGGCCAGUACUUCGGGCUCGGCUCCGAGACUCGCCACACCGCUACAUGGGUCCCUGAUCCUUAUGGAAUAGAGGCCGGAAAUCCGGAGAAGGUCCCCAAGGGAGGUUAUGAGGAGAAAUGGUUCCUCAACGUCCACGCCAUCGACACGAGCGGAGUCAUUGACAAGCUUAGAUGCACCGAGUGCGAGUGCGGCUCUUACAAUGUUACCGUCGAUGAGGAUGGGAUCACGAUCCCGAAGAACUACACGGGUGGCCUGUUUUGCUGCUAUGAUCAGACCCAAUGUCAGCUCAUAGAUGGGUUUGGAUCCAAUUUGCGAGGUGCAAAGAGGAAGCUGUUCUUGCAGUACACCGUGACGUGGCUCGACUGGACCAAUGCCAAGGUGGUGCCUGUCAGGAUCUACAUUUUCGACGCUACUGAUACCGCUUUGCUCGAUGGAACUUCGCCUGGAGAUUCUUGCCAGAUUGAGUAUCAGGUCAAAGAAUGCAGCCCAGAAGAUCGAGCAACCAAUGAGUGCAUCCAUGCUAAGACGGCCAAAGCGGUCUUACCGCGUGGUGGCGAUGUCGUGUUCGGUGUUGCGCACCAGCACUCCGGUGGAAGUGGUUCUUCUUUGCAUGAUCAGGAUGGGCGGCUUCUAUGCGAAUCGCUUCCGACUUACGGCACGGGAAAGGAGGCAGGAAACGAGGCAGGCUACGUCGUCGGAAUGUCGACGUGCUACCCGAAGCCGGGAUCUGUCAAGGUCAGCGACGGUGAGGUUCUGACUGUAGUCUCCAACUACAGCAGCUACCGCCGGCACACCGGCGUCAUGGGCCUGUUCUACAUCCUUGUCGCUGAGCCGCACCGACAAUAGAAUAAUCUCGUUAUUUUUUCAGCCUUCAUAAGUUAGAAUUUAUCAUGUCUUUAUAAUAGUUGGGCUAUUCUCCUGUUUUGCGGGAUGGCGCAAGUCUUAAGGGAGGUGGCGCAAUUGUACGAUCAAGCCUUGCUCGUUGAAUAAAGGAAAGCUGAAAAGCCGGGCAAGUUAACCCGGCGCAAAAACGACUUGUCACUCGUGCCAGCUCUUCUUUUAUUUUUUGAAGCUGCCGAAUUGUAUGAGUUCAUCAUAGCAGAAGCCAGAAGGGAAACCAAGCCUCCAGAUAAUGCUUGACACAAGAAGCUGGCCAGCAGACAAUGCAUAAAUUCAAGGAUUGACAGGAAGAGUCACAGAGACAAAGGAUAAUAAGAAUACACGUCAGUUAUUUCGGCAUGGAAGGAGUAUAUUCUUACUACUUUGUGCUCUGCAGGUAUUCAGACAUGAAACUGACACUCAGCAAGCCUGAACAUGCAAGCUACUAACAAACCGUCAUCCCAUAUGUAACGACCUCACAAUGAUGUAAUGAGAAAGGGAACUCUGCCAAGUUUUGAGUUUUCUAUACACAAGAACAAGCAUCAAUAUCGAAUCCAGUCAGCAGAGCCUUAUGUAUUUGCUUGACAUUUCCUGAAACCAAUGGGAUUAAAGGAA